AUGAAGGCUCCAAUGUACACACCCAUGUUCGAAGCUGAUAUAGGUGGUGGCGGAACGGCAGGUACUGCUAAGCUGGUAGAUGGCUUCGACGAUAUCCUAGUUAGAUUCGUAACACUCUGGCUAUACAUCUUGGACAAUCCUUCACUUUCUCGGGCGACUAAUGCUGACUUGGGCCUUCUUGGUAGUGAAGCAUUGUUUUCACUUAAGACUGAUGCUUCAUGGUACCCUGAACUAUCACUGCUGUUCCGGGAAUGGCAGAUAAUCAAACCUGAAGAGCUAAUGACUAAGCCAUUGAAACAGAAAAAUGAUCCAAGGGAAGCUAAGACUCAAAAAAGAGAAGGUGAAGAUACUAUAGGCGUGCAAACAAAAAAGAAAAAAGAUAUCAAUCAAAAAAAGUUGAGCAGGAGAUAAAAAAUAAAAGACCAAGACCGAAGAGUACAUUAGAAUCAAAGAAACAUAAAAGUGAAGGAAACGGAUCAAAAAGAAACAUUGGUGUUUUCUAUAGCGAUGAUAUGAGAGGAAAUGACUGGGCUCAGUAUCUUGUAUGUAAUAAUUACAUCAUUAAAGAUGAAUCUAUACAAAUUGUAUGCCCUGACUGCUCAGCUAAUUGUCAUUAUAAAAAAUAGCUUAAAAACCAAUGAAUGCACUAUGUCGCCUGAAAAUAUUAUUUUCUGUUAUACUGGAUUUAAGUGCCGUUUAAACUCAGAUUUCGUAUAUUUAUUUUGCUAAUAUAUCAUUAUAAGAGAUUUUGUGACUCAAAAAUCUGCUGAUAGAGUGUCUGUUCAAAUUAGGAAAAUUAAGGAAAUGCAAAGCAAAUACAAUGUGUCUGAUGAAGUUAUUGAUUUCUGUUUUACUUACUAGAUUUAGGGGUCGUUCACGUUGACAUCGAUAACUUUGUUGAAUAAUUAUAAAAAGAUAAUAUAUUAUGAUAUGAUCAUUAAUGUUCCUGUUUAGGACUGGCUUAGACGUAGGGUUGGUAUUAACCUAAAAUAGACCUGAUUUUAGUUAGUGUUUAAGAUACUUGGACAAAUUAAUGGUUGGAAG